AUGGGUGGUUCACGCUAUCCCAUCGUGGGCAUCCAAGCAGGUCGCGGAAAGAAUGGCGAGGUCCCUGUCAAAAUGGAGGUGGACGAUUGGUGGGCGUCCAAGGAUCCUAUGAUUCGCAACCAGCACACCCUGCUCUUUACAGCCUUGACCAAAUUAUAUGAGGCAUCGCCACACGAUAAGCUAUCUUUCUAUCAGAUAGCCGGAAUUCACAAUCAACCAAUUGUUCCCUGGGAUGAUACACCAUUUGAGAACAAGAACUACUGCAUGCACAGCCAGCCCAAUUUUCCAACCUGGCAUAGGCCUUAUAACCUUCUUCUGGAGCAACGGCUUUACGAAGUCAUGAUCAACGAUGUCAUCCCACAGUUCCCCAAAUCGGACCAAGCGGACCUUAAGAAUGCUGCAGAUGUCUGGCGCUUUCCCUACUGGGACUUUGCCACCAAGAAGGCAGAUGCCUCGGGCGUGCGCAACUACAAUGUACCGAAGCUGAUCAGAGAGAAAGAAGUCGAAGUUCGAGUUCCUGGAGGUACAGCGCGAAUUCCGAAUCCAUUCUACCAAUUUACCAUGCCCGAUGGAUUGACCUUGGGUGAUGAGAAAUUGGGAGCGAACGCUGUGACAAGAGAGCCGUACACCCGUACCAGAGGAACAAGUCGUCAUCCAUAUGUUGAGGGAGCCAAGGAAGACGAGGCGUACUUGAAUGAGGAGCACGCCCGCGGGAUCCAAAACAAUGAUGGCGUUAAGGAAAAACUUCAAGAGUGGAAGUGGGAAGGCGGAGGGAGUGUUACAGGGAGUCUGCGGGACUGGUGCUACCGUGUUCUAAUGGUCACGCCUUUCGAGGUAUUUGCAGACGACAAAGCGGACCCAGGGGAGUCAGACACCGGAAGAUAUUCCUCCCUCGAGGACCUUCAUAACGUCUUGCACGAUUGGGGAGGUGGUAAAUUCGGCCACAUGGGUGCACCAGCUGUAGGCGCGUUCGACCCAUUCUUCUGGCUGCUUCACAACAAUGUCGAUCGCUUGCUUGAACUGUGGAUCGGCCUCCACCCGAAGGAAGCGAGAGACUGGGUUGAGAAUGAUAGCGAUGCCGUAACCCCCCUGAUUCCCUUCCGGAAAGACAACGGUGAAAACUACCACACGGCGCAGAGUGUUUGGCACGCGGAGGACUUUGGCUACACUUAUCCAGAAACCCAAAGAUGGAGAGCCAAGUACCAGACUGAUGGGAAAUUUGACGAGAACAAACUAGCGACAGACCUAGCCCAGCUCAUGAACAAGAAAUACAACUCCGCCGCUGCUGCGCAAAGAAAAGCUUUUCUCACUACGACACGAGACGCGCCCUCAGACAAGACAAUAACGAGCGGGAUAGCAGCUGCCCUCGACCAAGCGCCCAAAAUCAGCGCCCUGAUCAAGGGCAUAGGAGGCCUUGCCACUUCGAUUUCCGCCAUACCAGAUGGGAAAAUUGAGGAGGAGAUUCUUCCAGAUAUUAUCGAGGCUAAAGACUACGUGGCUAAUGUUAUAUAUGAAAAGUACGCACUGGACGGGCACCCUUUCACUAUCCGAUUCUUCAUCGGAAAGGUCCCGGAAGGUGGGUUCAAUGCAAUCUCGCAGGCUCUGACACAGGUUGGGGAAAUCUACAACUUCGCCGACCCAGUGGAGUUUGACAAACCCAAUUGCGAGAAUUGCGCCAAGCAGGCGCGUGAGCGUGUGAAAAUCACGGGCCAGGUUCCUCUAACCAAUGCCCUGCUUACUCGAUACAAGCAGCAAAUUCCUCAUGAAACAGACUCGGGAGAGAAGACGGUCCUGCAAGGCAUGGACCCGGAGCAUGUUGUGCCCUUUUUGAAGGAACACUUCCACUGGCGUGUCAACGAUAACCAGGGCCACAUGGUCGACGAAUCUCGCAUCACAGGCAUGAAGGUUUCGGUUGCAGUAGGCACAGCCUACCAUCACAGCGAUUUCACCAAGUUGUCCGAAUUCACAGCCUACAAGAUACUCUACGAUAUUACGGAAAACAAUUCAUCGGGAACUGGUGCAGCGCCCCAGGAUCGUCUUUUCUCACGCGAUGCUAUAUUCCGCCUCGCAUCUGUUCUUACAUAG